AAAUAUUUGUUGGUUUCUUAUUAAAGAAAUAUUUAAUAUAUUGAUAAGGUUAGAAAACAGAUAUCAAUCAUGAAGAAUCCUAUAUCUAACCAUUUAAAUGGAAAUAAUCAUCAUUCUAUUUCAUCACAAAAUGUAUCUCCAUGUAUUGUGUCUCGUUAUGGAAAUAUGUCUAAUAAUUAUCAAGUAUUAAAAGUUGCUGGACGGGAUUCUAACUGCUACAUUGCAAAUAACAUUGUUCCAAAAAUUGGUAAACAACAAUUAGUAUCAUUGAAUGGAAGUUCUAUAUCCUGUAACAGUGUGAAUAUCAAUGAAGCUUUGGCAUGUGAUGUAGCUUCAAUACCUGCUGUAAAAACUAAAGCAUUAUGUGUCCAUAUUCGAGAAAAUAAAUGGUAUGAUGCUGGCAAUGUAGUAUCUGUAGGUGUUGCUGGAACUAGUUUAAAUCAUGCAUUGGAAAGUAUGUCUUUAGCUUAUAAUCCCACUACAAAACAAAUAUAUUCUUUGGAAGAAUCUAAUGAAUCACAAUUGGAUUAUAAAUCUCAAUAUUUAGAUUCUUCUUGUGAUUAUAAAGAAGAUUCUUUAAAUGAUAAUUUUAAAGUUGAUGAAGAUAAAUAUAUAAGAUUGGAAAGUGGUAGUGCAAACAGUAGUCCAAGAAACAGUUUGCCACGUUCUUGUAGCAGUACAGUGUCUUCCCUUAGUGAAGUUUCUCCUUCUGGAAGUUUUUUGGGUUCUGAUGAUCAACAAGUUAUAGAAAGGACUGAAAAAUCUAAGCGUUGGGGAUUAAAUACUCUUUUUUCAAAAAAUGUAUUUUCAUGGAAAAAUAAAGAUUCUCAACAAUCUACACCUACUAGUAGCCCAUCAAGAAACAUAGAUAAAAUAGGCGGAAGUUUAGCUUUAAUUCAACAACCAAGACCUGCUAAUCUACCAGCUAAAAAUGCAAUUGAAGAGGAACGUCAUCGUAAACAAUAUAGUGCUAUUCUAGAAGCAGCAAGAAAACGCGAGUUACGAGAAGAAAAAGAACGUAAGCAUCAAAGAGAAUUGCAACUUAAGGAAGAAGAAAGAUUAGCAGAAGAUUCUCAUACUUGGAAUGUACAUAUUCUUUCUAAAUUUGAAAAUAUUAAAAAUACAAAAAAAGUACGUGAAUUGUGGUGGCGUGGUCUUCCACCUAGUGUCCGUGGUAAAGUGUGGAAAUUAGCAAUUCCAAAUAAUUUAAAUAUAACAACACAUCUUUAUAAUAUAUGUUUGGAAAGAGCAAUAUCGAGUCCUAUAAGUGAAACAUUAGCUGCAAUUAAAUUAGAUGUAUUUCGUACUUUUCCUACUUUAUGUGUCUUUCAAGAAGGUGGACCAUUAUCUAAUAGUCUUCAAGGUAUUUUAGCAGCCUAUGCUGUUUAUAGACCUGAUGUAGGUUAUGUACAAGGUAUGAGUUUUGUGGGAGCAGUAUUAUCAUUAAAUAUGGAAGCUCCAGAUGCCUUUACUUGCUUUGCUAAUUUAUUGAAUAAUCCUUGUCAUAGAGCUGCUUUUACAUUAAAUCAGAAACAAAUGGAUAUUUAUUAUAAAGUAUAUUCUAGUGCACUUGCACAUAAAUUACCAAAAAUUUUUUCUCAUUUUACAGUAGCUGGUCUUAGUCCAGAUUUAUAUUUAUUAGAUUGGUUGUAUACUAUAUAUGCUAAGGCAAUGCCUCUGGAUGUGGCAUGUAGAAUCUGGGAUGUUUUUCUUAGAGAUGGAGAUGAGUUCCUUUUUAGAACAGCACUUGGUGUAUUACAUCUAUAUCAAGAAGAAUUAUUAAAAAUGGAUUUUGUGCAUGGAGCACAAUUUCUUACAAGGUUGCCAGAAACUUUACAAGCAGAAGCUUUAUUCAACAGUAUUAGUCAAAUGUCUACAACUGUUGGAACAACAACGUUCCAACAAAUGUUAGUUCAAUUUUCUUCAUUAUAAUUUUGUGAAUUAUGAUGAAGAAUGUAGAAAAAUAAUGUGAAAAAGUAAAAAGGAAAGAACGAAUCUCAAGUACUAUUUUUGUUAUUAUCAUUUAUAAAAGAUAUUUUCUCAUAUAAUGAAAAAAAUUUAAAUAUUAUUUAUAUAAAUUUUAAAGAUUAAAGAUUUAUAUAAAUUCAUAACAAUUUUAAAAUUUUAUUUUGCUUUUUUAAAUAAACAUUUUGUUUUUCUAAAUGAAUAUUAAAAAUCUGUCUAAAAAAAAAAACUCAAUAAAUAACUGAAAUUUUUGAGAUAAUUUGAUUUUUCAUCUGUACAUAGAAAAAAAUAUUAAAAAAAAUUAAUUUGUAUUAAAUUUUACUAUAUAAAUUACAUAAUGCUGUUAAUUUGAUAAAUGAAAGAUGUACUGUUCUGUACAUUUAAAACAUAAAAAAAGCAAGAGCUUCCCAUAAAAUUAUGGACAUAUUUUAAUAAGUUAUGUAACAAACAAGGCAUAUAUUCUGCUAUUUUAUCUUUAAUGAGAAUGAAAAAAUAAAAGAAAGAUAUAAUUGGAUAAAAUUUGAUAAACAAAUAUAUACAUAUAAUUUUUAAAUAUAAUAUAUAUAUUUAUUAUAUUUUAUAUUUAAAAAUUAAAAUAUGUAAUUUUUGAAGUACUUUUUAUAAAAGUUAAUAGAGAAUAAAAUUAUUAAUAUCUAUAUUAUUAAAUUUAACUCAUUUUUUUAUAUUUAUAAAAUUUUUAUUUCAUUCAGAAAUUAAAUUUAUAUAUUUUUGAUUUUUUUUAAAUAAUUGCAAUCUAAAAAUAUUUUCAUAAUUUCAUUAUUAAAUAUAUUUCACAAAUAGUGAUUUAUAAAUAAACAUUUAUGAAAAUAUAUUAUAAUAUAUACAUAUUGUAAUAUAUUUUAACAUAUUUUGAGAUAUCUUUUUACUAUUAACUGCGAUGCAUCAAAAAAAAAAAUACUCUAAAUAAAAAUGCUCUAUAUGCUUAAAUAUAUUUACCAGUCAAAUUCUCAUAUUAUUAUAAACAAGUAAAAUUUUAUUUGAAAAUAUCCAAAUAUUUAUUAAAUUAAUAAUAAAUACAUUAAAAAAAAUAUGACAAAAUAUAUAAAAUAAAUAAUAUCAUGUGCCACAUAAUAGUAUUCAAAAAAUAUACUGUUAACUUCAACAUCUUUGAUUUAAAAAAUGACUAGUGCAAAUAGAAUCAUUAAAAAAAAAAAAUAAUUAAAAUAUUUUUUGAGAAAUAUAUUAUAUUUCAUUUAUAAUUAUUAAUUAAUAAAUCUUUAAUGAUAUUUAUGUAUUCUCAAUAUAAAACAUUUAUUCAUAUGUGAAAUAAUUUCAAUUUAAUUAAUAAUAAUAACUUAAACGAUUAUAAUUUUGAAGAAAUUUAAUUUUUUCGUGAUAUAAAUUAUGUGAUGAAUUCAGAAAUCUCUAAAAGUAAAUAAUAUAAAAUCUCUAGAAGUAUCUAACGUACUAAUGAAUUAAAUAAUAUAAAAUUAUGUUAAAGCUUUAUUAUUAUGUUAUUUACUUAUAAAUAAUAUUUCAAAAAUUAAUAAAGAUAAAUAAUAUCUAUUUACUAUCAUCUUAUUUGCAAUAUUUUUUUUAUUAUUUGUUAUUAUAACAAAUUAUAUUUUAUCUAUUUAUAUAUGUGUAAAAAUUAAUGAUAUAGCAAUAUUUUAAAGAUUAUUUUAUUAUUAUAUGCACAAAAAAUAGAAUAUUUAAGAAUUAUAAAUUAUAAAAAAUAUUUAAAAAUUACAAUAUUAAUAUCGAUUAUUAUUAAAUGAUAUGAAUAUUCAUAAAUUUCUUUUGCUACUAAUUGGCAUAUAAUAUUUUAUUUGUUAAACUCUUAUAUAAAAAUAUAUAUAAAAUAAAUAUUCUUUGAAUGGUUUUUAACCAUAAAAGGAAUAUAUUCAAAUUCAAGAAAUUAUAAUUUUUUUAAUUAUUAAGCUUUAUUAUAAUCGUAUUUUUUUACAAUUUAGCUAUUGUAAGCUUAUUGUAUGUGCUUGUUGUAUAAUAUUUAUUUCAUUAAAUAUUAAAAAAAUAAUUUUCAUAUCUGUUAUAAUCUUUAUAAAAGAUUAAUAAUAAUUUGAAAACAAUAUACAGAAUAUUAUAUAGUUAAUGUCAAUGUUGAAUACUAUACAUAAAAAUAUUUCCAAAUACAAGCACAUUGCAAUAAUUUUAUAACAUGGCUUAAUGCUUUAAUAAAUCUUAAAUAUUAUAUGCUCUAAUUAUCUUAAUAUAUAUAAUAAAUUUAAAUAAAUAUACAUAUAAAAUAUAUAAUAAUUAAUAACUAUAAAAUAUAAAAUUAUAUUUGAAUUUGAUAUUCUUUUUUUUUUUUUUUUUUUAAGAAAAUUUUAAUGAACAAUAUUAAGAAUAGUGGAGAAUUAAAUAUACGAACUCGGAAUCUCUUAGAAGUCCGUGAUAAUCUAAUUUUUAAUUGACAAUACUCUUAUUCCAUCCACUAUUCGAAUUAAUUGAUUACUCAACGAUUUAGCCUUUUUCCUAAUAGAUAUUUACAUUAAUAAAUACAAUUUAAUAAUUGUAAAUAAAUAUAAAUUAUUCUUCAAGAAUAAUAUGAAAUUAUAAAUUAAUAAUUAUGAAAUUAUAUAAUAUGAAAUGUAAUAUGAAAUUAUAGAUAAACAUAUUUAUAUUUGCUUUUUGUCUCUAUAUAUAGAAAUAUGUUCACAUAUUUACGUUCAUAUAAUUGAUAAAUUCUAUUGUUGAAAUAUAAUAACAAAAAAAAUGUUAUUAAAACAUAAAACACUAGUAAGAAAUGUUUAAUUUUAAUUAUUUUUUAUUAGAAAUUAUGAUUUAAUAUUGAUUUCAAAUUUUAUUUUUUCUAUGACAUCAAUGCCAUAUAUUAAUAAUUUAAAAUCUAUUAUUAAUAUUAAUUUUAUAAUAUAUGCCAAAUAUAUAUAAAAUAUAUUCUACAUAUAUUAAUGUAUUUGUAAUUUUUUAUAUGAAAUUAAAUCUUUUCUUACAUUUUUUUUCUUAUUCAUAAAUUAACAUAUAAUACAACAUAUAAGUGCGUGUUUCUAUUUCUAUAAAAACAUUUAAUGAUGUGCCAACCAUUUAGUGGUUGUAUUAAUAAAGAACAAAAGAAUAUGUAUAUGUUGUAUUAUAAUCUAUAUUUUUUUUUUUUAAUUACUAUGAUCAUCAUUAUCAAGCUAUAGAAUCUUUUUUUAGAAUUUCUUUAUAUCUUCUUAAUCAUAUGUUCUAUAAUUAUAGAAUGAAAUAAUUAAACUAGCUUAAAAAAAUUGAAUGUAUGUGUAUUGUAUGUAAAUGUGUUGUAAGCUUGUAUGAAUUAUAUUGAGAUAAUGUAAGGGAAUCUACAAAUAUUAUGUAAAUAUCAUAACUUUGUUAUGUAUAAUAUCAUAAACUUUUAUGAAGAAUCAUAAAAUCUUUAAUGUCACAUAUUAUAUUUAUCUUAAUACCAUUAAAAAUGAAAUUAUUAAGUAUCAUUUGUGUGCAAUUUUAGUAUAAUAUAUCAGUAUUAAAAAUAAUUCAACGAAAUAAAUGAUUCGAUAUUUUAUCGAAUAUUUAAAAAAAUUAUGUAUCUGAUAUUAUAUAAUUAAAUUUUGUUAGUAGAUAAAUGUUGAAAUAUAUUAAAAAUCGACAUAUGAUUAUUAUAUUUAUACGAAAGAGAAUAUCCUUAUACUUACACAUAUCUUAUGCUCUCGAUUUCAUUAUUUAAUAAAAAUUAAUAUUAAAAUGCCUAAUAAGUGAUAAAUGAUAAAGAAGAAUUUUCUGAGUGCAAAAUUUGAUAUCUAUAUACGAAUGAACGAAUAAUUAUGUAUGAUCUAUAUGCGACAAUUCUGUGUUCCUUGUCGUUAGUGCCUCUCGAUAGAGGAACUCAUUGUAUAUUUUUUACGCAUUUUAUCGUGUACCUUUACCUUAAAUGCGAUAUCCUAAUAUAUAUUUUGUAAAAAAUUGAACUCAGUAUUUAUUUUGUGAAUUAUGCACAUUAAUAAUGAUAUAAAAUUAUAAUUAUAAUUAGUGAUAUCAACAUAUUAAGGAACUGUCUGUAUGAAAUUUUUACUCAGAAGUGCGCAUAGAGAAAUUUUUGUGGAAAUUUAAUGUUCCCAAAAAUGAACAAAUUACAUAUUUUAAAAUUUUUCUUGAAUUUUCAUACUCAUAUCUCUUCGAAUAUAUCUAAUAUUAAUAUUAUGAAAAAUAUUUUGUAUAUAAGAGCGUGCUUGCUUUGAAACUUAAAAAUAAGAAAUAAAAUAAUUUAAUUCUAUUUAUUGCAAUGAUGUAACAACAAUUUUUAUAAUGGAUAACAUGUGAAAUUAUAUAAAUGUGCGUGUAUGUUAUUAUACUCUAAAUGAUACCAGCGACAUAUGGAUCAUUUUUGUUUGCAUACGAAUAAAAUUACAUUUUAAAAUACAAUAUUCAUAUUUAUUAUUUCUUUAUUUUUUUUUAUCAUAAUAUAUAUAUUAUUUAUAAUUAUAAAUUUUUUGAUGAAUAGAGAUUUUGCUAUCUUUGUAAAUAUUAUUUUACUAAAUUGGUAAUAUUUUAUAUGAUAUAAAAUUAUAAUUUUGAUGAAUAAAACAUUUAAAAAAAACUUUAUUCAAUAUCUCAUCAAUAAUAUUUUUUAUAUAAAUUCUUUAUAUUAUAUUAAGUGAAUGUAAUUCAGAAUUCUAUAUUUUCUAUCAUAUUUUUAAUUUCAUUUAAUUUUAAUGCAAAUAAUUCUUUCCUUUUGAUAAUAUUGAAAAUAUACUAAAUAUAGUAACAAAUAUAUAGUAACUAUAUAUAGUAACAAAUAAUUAUAUAUUUUAUAUAUAUUUUGUAAUUAAUAGAUUUAUAAUAUUUAAUAAUAUCUUAAUGAAAUAUUUAUCUUGUUGUAUGUAUUAUCAAUUUUAAAAAUUCGUACCGCCAAUUUGAAAAGAAUGCAAAACGAAAAGUUUUAAAAAUUAUCCAGUAGAUGGCAGCAGGUGUACGGUCGCACAAAUCAGUCGCUAUUGUGUACGUAUAUUUGUUCGUAGUGUUCAGUUUUUAAUUUUAAUUGUGUUUCCGUUAAUAAAUGAUAGUUAUUUAAAAAAAAUCGUUUAUUUGCGUCUUUUUCAUAUAACUUUCAUGGAAAAUUAUUAUUAAAGUGAGCACCACCAAAAGGAAGAGAUUCAUACAUAAAUUGUUGUCUACACAAUGAAUCUGAUUUUUUAAUCUUGAUAUUCCUAUCUUCGGAGACAGGACAGCAUUGUAUACCGGCGUUGCACUCGGUGAGUUCGUUCAAAAUGCAGUGGAUGCAAACAACACGUGUAAACCUCUGCAUCGAAUUAGCAAGAGAAAUAUGGUUCUAAUGCGCAUUAUUCCACGAUGCGGAUGCUCAUGGAAGAAAGAGGCUCGUGGCGCUACCGAUGGAAACGGACGAAAACAUAGCACAUAAGGAGAGAGAAGUGAGAGAGAGAGAGCGUUGCUCAAACAUCCGAGUGUUUAUCACGUCGAGUGAAUGAUUACAACGAUGGGCUCCAGGGUUUUUAGAUUGGACGAGUUUCUUUUUCUUGGCGGGAGAUGGAACGAUUGCAUGGAGGAUUUGUUGGAAUCGUUAGAAUAUCCUGUACGUCGAAAUUCUCCAUCACGUGCCUCUCUUCCUCUUCGAAUAAAACACUAUAAAAUAGAAAAGUCGGAUGGAAAAGCUGCUUAAUGCGACAUCGAAAAUCCCAAUUUUCACAGAUUGGUGGUAACAACGAGCCGUUGCACGAAAUGUUGGCGUGAAAUGCGGAGACCUUGGACGCGAUAAGGAGAAACGGUCGAGGGUCGCACAUGUUUUAUCUGGUCGCAGUGCAACAUCAACGUCUGCUCUUCUUGAAGACGGGAAUUCCACGAAGUAUGGGUCCAGCUCGAGGGCCGUCCAGUCCAGAGAACAUGCUGACGCCAUAUUCUCCGCGAUCUUAUAUCUCAGGAGGAGCUCCAUUCUCCAUCUUCAAAAUUCUUCUUCUUCGUUGAUAAUAUCCAUUAUCUUCGCGGAUAAUCGGACGACGAGUUAAAAUCGGGGCAGAAAAUGGCGCAGACACUUGACCAACCUCUUCUCCUCUCUUCUCGCUCAGCUAUGAACAAGUGUUCGUUACUCUCGUGUUCAGAGUUCUCAGGGAAGAAAAGCGCGAAAUUAAGCUCGACGACGGCGAUGACAAACAGCCCCUCGUCGCGCGACCACCUCGAAACGAGGGAGGCAGGCCGGAUGUGCAACACGCCACGACACAGUCGCGGCGCAUUAUACCCUCCUCUGUGCCGCGUUAGAGAAAGCCAGUUUAUAUACGCACAGCUACCAUGCACGGUUCCCCGGGUGAACAAUGAAGCAACAGGUUGCCGCCGCCCCCACCGCCGGGAACCCUCUAUGACAGAUCGUGCAACCUUGAUGGCCCGUAUAACCCGGCCUGUCAGCCCUUCACACCCACCGGCCAUUUUAUGGCAACCGACCAGACCGACACCCCCUAACCUUUUUUACGACUCCCUUUUUAAAAACAAAUAGAGAAUCCUUUCCCCUCGUCCAUAUAUUCGUCCCGCUAUUCGUUACGUCGACUUGGAUGCACCGAGUUUCUUCUGUCGGUAUCCUCUCUUUUUCUUUUUUUUCUUUUUUCGUAUCUAUCAGCUCCUCUCGGCGAUCCCCUAUUUUGGUCGCGUUGGGGGGUCUGUAUAUAUUACGAAGGAAAUUGGCUGGGGGAGGAAGUGGUUAUUUAAUAAGAAGGCGGGUCAAAGGGUGAAAUAAAAUUUAUUCGUGAAUUGUUAUUAUUACAGUUUGUUGUACGAAAAGUUUUUAUAAACUUAAUUAAUACGCGUUAUAAAAUAUUAUACUCUUUUUUCAACGAUUGUACCGCUGAAAGACGAACGGCCUCGAUCAUUUUCCAAUUCUUUGUAUCUUUAUAAUGAGAUUUACUUCAGUGUGUAUUUCUUGUUGCAUCCAAAAGAAAUUGGAUCGAAUCCAACUUCUAAACACUUCUUCUAAGUGUCUCGUCGGUUAAUCUCCGUAUCAAUGACCAACGAAAUCCACGCUCCGAGUCGUCACGACGAGUUUUUUCUUCUUCUUCUUUUUCUUCUUGGGUCCAGUCUUCCCUUCAACCUUUGCUCUCUCCCCUCGUUCGCAAAUUCGCCGAAUGCACGUGACACGGAACCAGUAUACACCCGACCAGCGUAUCCAGGAUGAUCUAUGCGUUGCGUGGCCCCGAGGCCGCAUUCUCCUCUCCUGGCGCUUCUCUCCCUCCCUCCCUCUCCCCCUCGCCUCUCCACGGGGCUAAAUAAUAUCAACUAUGCGAGAAGGAGAGGCACACGAGCGAGAGAUCCACGUGUAUAUACAUAUAUAUAUAUACCUUUGCCCAUUCAGGUGUCCGCCAGGUGAGUAAUGCCAUAAUAAAUUAUCCGACCGUUUUCUGCUACCGCGCUUGCGCCUUACCUCUCCCCCCCUCCUUCGCUGUGUAUAUUACAUUCUCUCGGCAUCAGAGAUUCCAAUCCUUGUCUCUCCAUCUCCAGAUUCUUCUUUCUUCAGCACCGCAAAAUUCGAAUCGGCUCUUUGCUCUUCCGGGGAGAGGGAUUUUUUCCCUAUUUUCUUCCUCUCUUUUUCUUGUCUCGCGGCGCGAAGACAAGUUUCUCGAUCGAUGCGUGAAAAUUUCGCGCGGUCGUUAAGCUUGUUGGGGUUACGUCGCGUGUCGGCCGACAACAACAAUAACGCGCACGGAUAAAUCGAAUCUCGAGUUAGGGUUCCAGGUUUAUUGCUCUCGUAUGGGUUAACCGCGUUUGCACUGCGAGUUAAAUGUUAACGGUUAAUUGUAAAUUGUUGUUGUUGUUGUUGUUUUCUCUCUUUUGUACGGUUGUUCUUCAAAAAAAGAAUCUAGGGAUUCUUUUUUUUUUUUUUUUUCGAAUUAAUAACAAUUCGACUCUUUACUUCUUUCUUUCACAGUAUUGCAAACUGUAAAUUUUUGUUAUAUCUUGUAAAGAUUUGGAAGUUUUUUAAUGAUCUUCUAAGGUGAGAGGGGUAUCGAAAUCGAUCAUUUUGCAAGAUAGUGAUAAGUUAGAUAAAGGGAAAGGGAGGGGGAGGUGGGAAAGCGAGUUUGAUCUUCUGGGAAAUCAAGCGUAGCUUUCGUAUAUAAUUGCUUCUCAGUUAGUUGAUUUCUUUUCACCAACACGUUCAAACAUAUCACUGUAUCCGUAUUUAUCCGAUAGUUGGUGGUAUUGGAGCUUGUCAAAUAUGUUUUUCAACCCGUCGAUCACGAUUUUUUUUCGUCGGUAUUUUUCGUAAUAGAAUCAUUAAAUAACGAUAGAUAAAUAAUCUUGCAGGGAAAGAGUAUUCCAGUGAUGUAUAUUUGAAUAUUUAUCAAGGCCAAGAAUAUUGAAAUAUUAAUUUAAGACAUGGUAUUUUUGAUCUUCGCAAAAUUUAUUCUCUCGUCGAUAUCGAUAACCUGGGUCAAGGCGAAUUAUACUUUUUUCGGUCACGAUUCUGUAUGCAUUCUUAAAGAUGUUUAAAAUGGUUGUGACUCUUUUGUGUGAUAAUUUCAUUUCACUCGGCGAACGAGUAACGCAGGAACAAGGUUAAGUUCAAGGUUGAUGUUUUUAGAGGUCGAAUUUCAAAAAAUUCUCAAUAUUUUUAAAUUCUUAAAGGCGUUUAAAAUACCUGGUUGUACUCGAGUUUUACGUGAUAAUUUUACAACUUUCCCCGAAUCGAUAAUACCUGUACAUGCCAUAGAAAUAAGGUUGAGUUCAAGGUUGGUUUUUCCAGAGGUCGAAACCCAAAAAAUUUCUUAUAAGUUCUUAAAGAACUGUUACCGUAGAAACAAGUUUUCACACGUCGAAAUCCAGAAUAUUUUUUAAUCCUUAAAGGCGCGUAAAAUGUCUGAUUGUACUUCCAGUUUUACGCGAUAAUUUUACAACUCCCCCCGAAUCGAUAAUACCCGUAUAUAAAUACAGAAAUAAGGUUAAGUUCAAGGCUGAUCCUUGAAAAAUCCCCGAAUUAAUCAACGAUCGAAAAGUAAUCCGACUUGAAUCCUCGACUAUUCAAAAUUCAGAAAUAUUCCAAAACGUAGAAGAACUCGAAUUUUAACGAUAAAAAUUAAAAGAAAACGCCCAACCCCGAGAAAUACUCGUCGUCACUUCCUUUUCCAUUUUCUCUUGGAUAAUUCUUCCAAACAGGAAGAAACACAGUAAUUAAUCCCCAGCUGGUGAACGGAUGCCAAUCCGGAUCGAGUUCCCUUUGAAUUACAAAUUUUCAAGGCGUGAGGUAAUUUAUGUCGCCGCUUCCCCCUCCCCUUCUUCGAUCACCGCCGCAUCAAUAUCGACUUAACGAGGCCGAUGACGUUUUCAACGAAGGUACAGGUUCAUCUGUGGCCACGCAAUUUGCCACGGAUUAUCAUAUUUUAAUAAUUCAGCGUAAUUUAAGCGGCGUACCUUCCUCUCUCUUUUUCUCUCGUUAAGGCCGCUCAAUUGGCGCGCAAGAAGGGGAAGGGGGGGUGAAAUAAAUGAGAGAAAUACGAAAUGCAAAAUACAAAGUGCACGCGCGACGAUCGUAAACCGUGCACCGCAACGGCGACGGUUGGAAGCACGUAGGUUGCUUCUCGACCGGUAUCGAUUAUUAGAUAUAGAUUUGGAUGAUUAUUUGCCUCGUUAAAACGAAUUUCACUCGUAAAUUGAUUUUGACCGAGGAUGCAUUCGCUUAUGUUUCGAAUGUAAAGGAAAUACGAUAGGACGGUUAUUUGAUAUUUUAGCGAGUCUGGAGUAGGAAUUUGUAUUCGCUGCUGAAAAAUGAGUUUGAUUUGAGGAAAGAAGAAUUAUACAGGAUUCGUGCUGUUGAGAAAAAUAUUGGCAACGGAUUGCACGUAGUUUGGAUUAAUUUCAAGAAGCUACAUAUUGUCUUCUCGUCAUUUAUCAAUCUUUCGUAAAUCGCGUUAAAUAAUUGCUCGAGAAAUUUCGAGGCCAUCGAAAUCACGAAUCAUAAACUCGGCCAUCACCGGAAGCGAGUCGCUAUUCCGGUCGUCGAUCGCGUUAUGCGCGGCACGUAACAAUCGAGAUCAAGUUGACGGGAGUGGACCAUUUAAUUUCACGAGAAAGCUGAAUCCAAUCGGGCUAAUUCCACGAUCUCGAUUUCAGUCGAUGUUACAAAUUUUAUUCCAAUGAAAAUUUUCUAAUUGCGUGUAUUUAAUGCAGAGCGUGUUAUUGAUAUUUGCCUAUUAACUCGAUCUCUUCUGUUAUUGCAUCGUCACAGCGAUUGUUGUUGGCCGAGGAUAAUAAUAAGAAAGCGACGAUUCUUACGUAGACACGUAUGUGAGAAAUUCAGUCUCCAAAGUUUCGCUUUUAUUUUCGUGCAGAAUUUUCUCUCCAAUUUUUCUUUCGCGAUAAAAAUAGAGCGUGGUACGUUCGAGUUUAAGGCUUUUUUUCUUACAUUUUGCAAUUUAAAAAUUCGAUUCGAUAUCUCGCAUAAUUACAAAUUAUCGUACGUAGCAGGUAUUGAGAGGAAACAAGAAUCGAAACUACAUUGAUACUUUAUUUCUUCCCUUUCUUCGUGUGAUAUUUAAAUGAUAUUAUGGUUGAAAAAAAAAUUACUCCAUAUGUAUUUUCGCGAAAAAUUUCAUCAAAAAGGAGAAUCAUUUACGUUUCAUUGGCGGAAUAAAAAAGGAAAAAUCCACUUUUCGGUUCACCGAAUAGAGUAGCAAUCAUCGAGGUUUAGCCCGUUGGAUAUUGUUUUUUAACCUGUUUCCAGAUGUAAAUCGAGUAUAAUUGCGAACAGCGGAGAAGCUGUUUCGGCUUCGUUUCGUAUGCAUACACGCGGUUCAUAAAACGAUUCGUUCGAUUACCACGGUUGUUUUUACAUGGUAAUGCGAUUGGUGUGGUUUCGUGUCACACUUUUGUAACGUGAGUUCUCCGCGCCCCGUUUAAUCCUUUCAGCGUGGAUUGCUUUUUUCCCCCCUCCCAACAUCGAUAUCGAUGUUGUUUAGCUUUGAUACCUAUUUUUUUUUCUUUUCUUUCUCCCCCCGCUUUUUUUAUUUCUUUUUUUUAAUUAAUGACGCAAACUGUGAACGAUACGUGCAUCGAUUACGAAUGGCGCAAAAAUUCACCGUUGCUUCGAGGGAUUUUUUUUCAUCUUGGCAAAAAAAAAAAAGGGGAAAGAAAAGAAAAAGAAGAAAUAACGAGUAUUUUUUUCUCGAGGAGGGAUAAUUAUAGUGUAGAAUAACUUCGUUGAACGGCGCAUAAGCCGGCAAUGGAAUUUCUUGGAAUGCACACGUAUUCAUAGCCGAAGAGAAUGGAUUUUGCUUAAUGUGUAUUUAAAGUUCAUAAGAUCGGAAGUGGUUAAUAUAUUCCAGGUAAUACAUUAUUCCUGGUACGUCUUUAUGAGAAUCUAAGUAACCUUUUAUAUGCGAGUGUAUAUUCAUUACCAAUCCUCGUAGAUUAGAAACUAAUUAGAAAUCAACAAAGGUAAAAUAUUCGAUUCUCUCUCGUCGGUUUUUUUCGGCCAUCGUUAAAAAUUUAAUUUGAUCGUUCGAAUUGAACGCAUUGUUCAUUAUUUCGCUGUUGAAAUCAAUAGGAAACGAUAAGAAAGAAAAUGUUGCCGAGAUGCUUAGAAUAUUCCUUUCUUCUCCACUUUUUUCCCUUUCUCUUCCUCUUCCUUCUGCCUUCCAAACUUUCUUUCCAACUUUUUACAACCAAGAAUAAACGCCCCCUCCCUCCAAAAAAUUAGAGCAAGCAUUUUCACCGCUAACCGAAUUCCCAUCCACGAUUUCCUCAAUAGUUUAUCUACCAAACGAAACGACAGACCUCUCCUCCAUUUCCACUCCAUUCUCCUUUCUGCAACUGCUUUCCUGCCUUUCCAAACCUCUACAAUUCCCCCUCCCAAACUUCUCUCAGUUCUAUUAUCAAUUUCGCCUGAAACCCCUGAAAUUCGCAUUCGCACGCAGCUCUGCGAACAGCCCGGGGACAUUUGAACUCAUAGUCGAUGCCAACACCGACAGAGAGAGGGAUACAGUAACGGAGAGAAUAAAAGAGAGGAGAGAGAGAGAGAGGGAGAAUGAGGCACGGUUUGCGGCAGUUGCUGGUUGCGUCGAGGCAGGCCCAAUCAAAUUCUAACAAUUACCAGUCUGGGGCUGGUUUGCCUCCUCGAGGCGAAAACCGGCUCGUUUUACAGUCGGACCAGAGCAAACCCUCUACACCCUACUACACCCCCUUCCUUCCUUCCUUCCUUCGUCCGCUACAUAACCGCCGUAAACCUAAAUUGCAUUAUUAAAAUCUAAUCUACCUUGGGCCGAGUGGAGUACGUGUGCCACGGCCGUUUCGAAAUCUGAUACACCCCUGAUCCUGACGAGUGACGAGAGUUGCGCCGCCGCGCUCCGCAGAGACGGGAAACGGAUGGACAGAGAGGAUGGCGGAUCAUCAGCGAGCGGGAUGGCGUAGGGUGAGGGGAGGGGGAAGGAGAGAGAACGGGUCUCGAGGUGGACCAGGAAGGAGGAUUAGUCGGUCGGUGAAGAUCGGGGAGAUUAGAAACGAUUUUGGGAGUGGAUAUCAUCCAUCCCACUACCCCUAUCGCGAAAGUUUUCCAAGGUAAUGGAUGCAACGUUGGAUCGAGACGCGUGUUGGACUAUUACGGGAACGUUUGACUGCUCUUGACGUUAUCUGCUUUCGAGUUUAAGCAUGGUGGAAGAGAUUGGACGGUAAUUGGAAUUUUGAUUUGGCUGAAUUAUUCCUAUCCACGGAUGAUGUCGUGACGUUGCGUUCGGUAAUGUAAGGCGACUCGUUGCAUCUUGAUGGCGGGGAAGAUGGAGGAAGAACGCGGCGGCCUUUAAUUAGAAAUAUAUACAGGCCAUUGUGGGUGGAGAGGAGUUGGACGAGGCACGUCGAUGGAGCCAGCUGGUGGAAUGACAGAGGUUUUCAGGAAGAAUAAGCGAGGCGUGGCUGCCAACCCUGCCUCGACCCAACACUGCAAUACACCCGUAUGUAUAUCUCCAAUGUAAUUACGAAUAUAACCUGGCAUUCUUGUGAAAAAAAUUUACGCAGGUCCGUGAUCGUCGAAAAAAAUAUAUUCGAAAGAGAGAAAGAGAGAAGAAAAUAUAGGUUGCAUCCGAGGGAAGAGAGAGAGGGGGGAAGGAGAAAAAGAGAGUAAAUCAUCGUGGCUCGUUCCGGAGAAGACUUUACGAGCGGCUGGCUGUCGACGUUCGAUAAUGAAAAUACCUGUAUAUUUAUUGUUGCACGUCGAUCCAAGUCUGAACCGUCUGCUAAAUCCAAUUAUGGAUCGAGAAAUGUAAUUGAUGAGAGGCUAAAUUUUGUUCCUCGUUAACGAUAUUGUUGUUGCUCGAGAUUUUCCUUGGGAAGAAGGGACGAAGAGUUAUCUUACAUUCGGGAAGAAGAUGUAACUGAAGAUUAAGAAUUUUAGAUUUUAUUCUUGUAACUUUAAUUCAAUAAAUAUAUUUUAAAAUGUA